AUGACAAAUAAUAGUAAUAAUAAUAUUUUAACAUUUCAAAAAUAUAAAAUAACAUAUAAAAUUUUAGAAAAUAAUAAUUUUUAUUUGGAAUUUUUAGAUGAUCAAGAAAAAUAUUAUAAUAAAACUUUUACACCAAGCGAGAUUGUGGAUAUAGGAAAAGGAGUAUUUACCAAUGCAGAGACUUUUGCAAGCACAAUAAAGCGUGCAUUCUCACUAGAAAGUUGCAACAGCUUUGAAUUAGAAAAAAUUAAAUACAAUAAAGAAACCAAUAGCCUAAAUAUUAUAUUAAAAAUUAUUGUUAUUGAAAUUGUAAUUUCAUUACCACGUAAAACCAGCUAUCAAAAUUUAGAAGAGCGUGUCAAUCAACUGUCAUCCGAAGUUGUAGAUUUAAAACAAAGAUUACAAUUUUUAGAAAAAUUUAUCAUCAAUAAUUCAACACUAAAUAAUAAUAGCAAUCAUAGUAAUCAUAAUAGUUUAAAUAUGGGUUUAUUAAAUUUUAAUAGCAAUAAUAAUAGUAGUAGUAAUAAUAAUAAUAAUAAUGUAAAAAGUAUGGGCCAUAUAUCUCUAUCAACAUCAACUCCAUCAACACCAGUUUCAUCGUAUUCUCCAUACUCCUCAGCCCCAUCAACACCAAUUUAA